UGUCGUCGCCGCCGCCGCCGCCGCCGCGGCCCCCUGCUGCGCUGGGACGAGGUGCCCGAGGACUUCGUGGAGUGCUUCAUCCUGUCGGGGUACCGGCGCCUCCACUGCACGGCGCCGGAGUGCCUGGCCUCGGUGCUGGAGCCCACCAACGAGACGCUCAACUUCUGGACGCACUUCAUCCCGCUGCUCCUCUUCGCCGCCAGGUUCGGGCGGCUGCUGCUGCUGCGCGGCGGCGCCGGCGAGCUGCCCUUCCACCACCCGGCGCUGCUGCCGCUCUGGUGCUACGCGUCGGGCGUGCUCCUCACCUUGGCCAUGAGCUGCACGGCCCAUGUGUUCAGCUGCCUCUCGCUGCGCCUGCGCGCCGCCUUCUUCUACCUGGACUACGCCUCCAUCAGCUACUACGGCUUCGCCAGCACGGUGGCCUAUUACUACUACCUGCUGCCGGGGCUGAGCCUGCUGGAGCCGCGCGCGCUGGGCCGCUACCUGCAGCAGCGCCUGGGCUGGCAGGUGGACUGCCGCGCGCCCCUGGCCGCCUACAGCGCCCUGGUGCUGCCGGUGGCCUUCGCCCUGGCCGUGGCCUGCACCGUGGCCUGCUGCAAGAGCCGCUCCGAGUGGUGCGCCUACCCCUUCGCCAUCCGCACCUUCGUCUUCGUCAUGCCGCUCAGCAUGGCCUGCCCCAUCAUGCUCGAGAGCCUCCUCUUCGACCUCCAGGGCCACAACCCCACCCUCUUCGUCCACUUCUACCGCCGCUACUUCUGGCUCCUGGUGGCCGCCUUCUUCAACGUCAGCAAGAUCCCCGAGCGCAUCCAGCCGGGCCUCUUCGACAUCAUCGGCCACAGCCACCAGCUCUUCCACAUCUUCACCUUCCUGAGCAUCUACGACCAGGUGUUCUACGUCGAAGGGGGCCUGCAGCAGUUCUUGCAGACGCGACCUGCGCCCCCUUUGCCCACCUUUGCCGGGACCGUGGGCUACAUGCUGCUCUUAAUACUGUGCCUGGGCCUGGUCAUCAGGAGGUUUUUAAAUACCCAGGAGGCCUGCAAGGACGAUUGAGGUAUCCUUCUCUUUAGGACUUCUGUUGAGCCCCUUAUUUAAAUUACUGCUGUUACAAGGGAGGCUGCCGCUCCCGCAGCAAAAGCCUCCAGGUGACAGAACCCGUCAAUCUCUCUGAUCAAGCACUGAACUCCUUUUAGAAAACUUUUAUUGCCCUUGAAAUAAAGCAAAUGUAGGUUCUAAAGAGAGGUGUUCAAGCCACUGUACUGUAUACAUUUAAAUCUAUUUAUUGCUGCUUAGGAUACAAAGAGAAGCCAUUUAGGACUAUAGCUUGAAAUCUACAAUUUAAGCCCUAGUGCAUUAUUUGAAAGUAAGCCUUGUGGGCUUACGUCCAGUUAAUGUACUUAGGAUCAUGGUUUCAGGGGAACAAAUAUGCAUGGACCACGUGAAUGCUAGCUACUGAUCUCAGAUUGUCUGCUUUAGGAAAAAUUAUUUCAAUUAGCAAUAUGCAGUAGACUUGCACUGAUGAACAUCUGAGGUUUAAAAUAUGAUCUCAUGUGCAAUUCCUUGGCCUGUUGUACAUCCAAGGAUGUGUGUGUGUGUGUGUGUGUGUUUUCUGUUAAAGUACUUAGAAAUCAUGUGGAGUGAAAGUCAGUUUUCAAGACAAGCAAAAUGAUUUGUUUUGUUUUGUUUCACUUCAUGUCAUUUUAUUUCGGCAUUAAUGAUCUUGGCCCACAAAGGCAAUUCUUAAAGUAGGCAUGAAUUGUAGUGAAGCCAGGCGAUUGUUUGAUCAGGAACAUGGUCAUAUUGUGAGAACAAAACUUAAAUGUGUAAUGUAGCUGCCCCAACUCAUGCGUGUAACGCUUGCUUCUCACAAGAUGCUUUAUACUCUUAAUACAUUCGUUGCAAUUAUGUCAGUUAUGGUGGGGUACACAUGGAAGAAAAGCUGCAAAAGGGAUCCCACUUUGAGUUAACAUAGCACUUUCUCUUCAAGAAUGAUCAGGUGGCAAAAUGCCCUAUAAGAACUGAAUGCUCUGGCACUGAACAUGGGACCAAAUCACUAGCAAGUUGAUGAAAUUGCACCAACCUGUUUGCACGAUCAUUUGUCAUUGAAAAAUAGUCACUGAACUUGUAUCACCUUCUGAUUUGCAUAUACAGGCAAAGAGUGAGUCACAGUUGAACUGAGAGUGGUUUUCAACAAUCCAUGCUAAUUUUUUGGCUCAUUUUUCGUUUAUGCCCGAAUAUGUGACAUUAGCAGGUUUUAUAUCUUCUGUAAAUUAACUUUACAGGUUCAUAGAAAAAUGUGGUUACCUAUGAAUGACAUAAAGUAGCUGAAGUGGUGAAACCUUUGAAAGGUAAUGGAGUUUAUGUUCACUUCAGCAACCACUGUUUUUUUCAGGAUUACAGUUUUGGAACAAUAGCCUCUGGAUUUUGAUGAUGUGAACAAGUCGUCAGUAAAACUCGUGAAAAUAAAAAAAAGUCAGUAGUAAGAGUUCAGAUUCAAAACUGUACCAGAUUGAAAAAGUUAUGGAACUAGAGAAGACCUUUUGGACUAUCUGUCCUGUUUCUACCAGAAGAAAAGGUGCUUUGGAAAUCUGAAGAGAUUGUGAUUAUUGUGACAUAAACUCUUAUAAACUAGAGCCCAUUGUUCAAUUGAUAAAGGGCAUACAUGUCUACACACACAUGUAUAUACAGAGAGAUCAGGGAAGAGUAGACAGUGGCUUCCAGAAACUGAAAUUCAAGCUAGAGAGUAUGUUCCACCUCUAUGGAAAGCUCAGAGGUAUACAAAAAGAAGCAUAGAGUUCAGGGCUGGUCCAAGACUUUUUCUAGUACAGUGGGGUCUCUACUUAAGAACGUCCGUACUUAAGAACAAUUCCACUUAAGAACAGCU